AUGCAUACAGGCAGGCCCAGGGAACCAGGGACCACAUCACCGUCCUGGCCUGCCUCAAUGCGGAUCCGCUGCUGCUCGUCACGGAUGGUCAUCAAUCCCACCUGGAUUCAGAGCUGGCAGAUUUAUCUGGUCCGCAAUCCCCAGAAUCGACCUGCCCCUCCACCUCCCAUUCCCUACCUCACCCAUCCCCUGGUAACAUCAGGCCGAAUAACAGCAGACCUAGCCCACCUCCGGGCCAGGAUCAACUACGCCCGCAACACUGGCAAGGGCAGGAGGAAUACAACCAAAGCAAGGUUACAGCGUCAUUUACAACUUUCCACUAAUAAAAUCUCAGGUUGUAGGCCAAGCUCUGGCCAGAAGAGACAGAGAGCAGCAGUGGGCCGAAGACACCAGCACAGCAGCCACUUCAGCCCCAGAAGAAGAGUCCCCCUCGGGGCUGCUCCUGCCACCAGCCUUUCCAUUGCAGCCCCCUCAGCCUGCUCUGACCCCUCUUGUGCCUCCCACAGUCACUGGCUGCCUGCCCCCAGCAGCAUACCAUCCCCAGCGAGCCUGCCUGCCAUCUUUACCGUCUCCUGGGAUACUCUGACAGCACUGGGCAGCUCCUUUAGUGACAGGCUGCUUCACCUGUGGUGUUUGAAGGAGCGAUACCACAGGUCCUUCCUGUGCCACCAGCUGCAACACAAUAUCUGCCAGCUAACUUUACAAGCAACAGGAGGAACGAAUCAAGUCAGCGCUGAGCUGCUAACUCUGCAAGGAGAACAAAGGAGCGACCAGUUUCCUCCGACCUGCACCAUCGGAAAACUGCACAGCGAAGACUGCAUUUGACAUCGGAUCCACAACUCUCCCCAGCCUGGCUCAUCAACGACCAACGGAAUCGCCAGCUAACAAAACAGAAUAUUGUGCUGCUUUUUGAAUAUAGGCUACAUGCUGAUCUAUUUCAUGUUGCACAAGAGUGAAUGCUGCCAACCUCUACUAUACAGAACCAAAACCCUUCAACCUAUUGAUAUGGUAAUUUUGGUUGUAGUUUUUAAUUUAAUUAUUAAUCAGAGCUCCAAAUUGAUAGUUUAUUUGAUGAGGCUGAUGAAACUAAUUGAAUUCAUUAACCAUCAAUUUUCCCUUUUUGAAGGGUGGUGCUCUGAGGUGAAUUUAAUGUAAGUUAAAUUCAGUUAUUCAAAUAAAUACUGAUUCCUCCUGAUAGCCGGAAGUGAGUGUAAAUCCGUUACUUCCCUUUAAUGCUCUUACUGCAAUAUUUGAACGCCUUUUAAGCUGUUGCACCUACCUGUAGAUGGCAUUAAUGUUUAAAUAGUUUUCUACAGCAUCAGUACUAACCACUGCCUUACUUUCAGUUUGGGGUGGAAUGGCGUGGCAGUGGUUAGCGCUGUCUCCUCACAGCAAAAAGGUACUGGAUUUAAAUCCUCCAGCCUUCAGGUGCUCUGGAUUCUUCCGACAAACACAGGCAGUUUUGAUUAACUUUAAAUUGCCCUGGAUGUGAAUGUAUUUGUCUAUGAACUGUCUGUAUGUUAGCCCUGUGAUAAAAUGGCAAUCUAUUUAGGGCUUACCCAAGGCAUGCUGAGAUAGACUCUAUCCUACCCAUGAUGAGUGGGUAAAGAGAAUGGAUGGAAAGAUUAUUUGCUGAGCAGAAGAGUGCCAUUUGAAAUGGAAACAUCGAUUAUGCUAUUGCUAGGCACUAUAAGGAGAAAAACCAUGGGUCGGCUACUUCCCUCAUAUUUAUCAGCAGUGAAAGAGUGUGACCCAAUCCAAGAGGGAGUAAUUUAACUAACCAGCUCUUAAGAAGGGAGGCAUUUUGGAUUUAUGAAUUGAAUACAAGUGAACCUUAUGGACUUAAGGAAACACAGGUUUUGAGUUCUUUUCUGUAUAUCUCUCUCCACAGGUAAUUUGGGCCCUCAGGGAGAGACACUAGAUCCCCUGACACUCACCCUUCCCAUUUAAUUGUGUAGAGGGACAGCUGUAAUGAUGUGAUUCUUCUAACCCUGUGUAAUAUUGACCAAGCCAUGUUUUUUGAAAAAUGGAAUUUUGUGCAAUAUUAUUUGUCAUGUUUUUUGAUAAAUGUUCACCUUUGGAAAAAAAACAUUGAAACACUUUGAAAAAUGAAGACUGUUAUAAUUAGUCAUGUGACCCAUAUGUAUUUAUCACAUAUGUGAGUGCUCAUGUAAUUUUGCUGAGCAAACCUGAAGCUAAAGGUGAAACGUGUUGUUUGCUCCUAAUGAAGUCACAGUAAAGUCAUUUCAGUGUGCGGUGGUUAAUUUUGAUCUAUUCCUAUUAAGCUUCAGCUACAGCUUAACAGGCCAUGUUUUUUUAAAUGUAAAAACAAAAAAGGUCCAGGGAUGUGAGAGAGUACGUCUUAAAUGACACCGACAGCGCUUGAUGAAAGAACAGUGACACAGGGUAGUCACUUGACUAAUUCUGCCAUUAUUGUGUUGGUCUACACACAUAACAAUGGUAGCUAUUUUGAUGUGUGUCAUAUGGUGCCAAUGUGUUUUGGACUAUAUACUCACCUCUGUGGUCCUCAGUCCUUGUAUUUUUUAUACGUAUUAAUCUUAUCUUUAUGUCAAGAUAUCUUCAGUUUGGUUAUUUAGGUUAUUUUGUUACACAGUAGCUGCAGUACAGCAGGUAAAGCAUUUCCUCUCACUGUAUAAACUUUGUCCAACAUUGUUGUCUUUCCAUCUAACAGUACUUAAUCUGAUAAACUACUGUUCUCGUGGAACCCUGUCCUCAAAUGCCCUUGUGUACCCUUGACGUGGUAAAGAUCUCACCAGUCAUUUCCACUGAUAAACCCUAUUAUCAAAUCGUCCAUUCAGAUAAGAUACAGAUCUCUGACAGAUGCCGUUGUUGGUAAUUACAGCUGAAUUGAUUGCUGAAGCAGUGGGAUGGGUCAGGGCAGGAUGGCAGUCCUGAACUUUUUGUCCUUCAUCUGUUCCAUAUACCCUCUUUACAGCAGGAUGAACAUAUCAAAGGGUAGCAUGUCUGUGACUGAAACCACUUAUUAACCUUCUGCAUAGUCAUCAUUAUUUGCAUUUUAUAUGCUCAACCCGUGGACCACUCAGACUGCAGUAUACUCAAACAGCACAUUGCAGGCCUUGCUAUAAACCAGCACACACAAAUUAACAUUUGCGUGAUUUUUAUUAAAUUUACAUCUAAUUUUGACAUUUUAUUAUUUUU